GUGUUUGUGUGUGCUCCUGUACCAGGAUUUGCCAUACAUACAUACAAGGUUAAUCUUCGUUAUCACCGCAGUCGCGUCUGGCGGUCGCUCGGUCGCCGUCGCGUUAGUGGCCAGUGUUAUUUGCUAGCGGUACUGAUUAGAUAACUUGCAUGACACAAUGGAGAGGAUUUAGUGCGAGUGAGACAACAAGUGAAAGUGAAAUGUGCAAGUGAACCAAAAAAAAAUGUGCAAGUGAUUUAACCAAACUAGAAAUGUGCAAGUGAGUCAACAAAAAAUGUGCGAGUGAGGCCAACAUAGGAUUGUGUGUUAUGUUAUUGGCUUGACGCCAUCAUGGGUUGUCAGCUGGGCAAGUUGGCGGCGUCGGAGCGGAGGGGUCCCAGUGAACCCCUGAACGAUGUACCCCCGCCCCCCGCGCCGGACCCGCGACUACCCCUCACGGCGAAGCAGAAGUACUCCAUGCUGGCCUCGUGGAAGGGCAUCUCGAGGGCCAUGGAGAAGACCGGCAUAUGUAUGUUUGUCAAAUUAUUCGAAGAGAACAAAGAUCUCCUCGACAUGUUUGAGAAGUUCCGUCAGUGCCGGACCCGGGAGGAGCAGAUCAGCUCAAUGGAGCUGGCGGAGCACGCCAACAACGUGAUGAGCACCCUGGACGAGGGGAUCAAGGGCCUGGACGACCUGGACAACUUCUUCCAGUACAUCCACCAGGUGGGAGCCAGCCACCGCCGGAUACCGGGCUUCAAAGUCGAGUAUUUUUGGAAAAUCGAAGCGCCGUUCCUCGCCGCGGUCGAAUCGACCCUCGGUGACCGGUACACGCCCAACGUGGAGAACAUUUACAAAAUAACCAUCAAAUUCAUCCUCCAAACCCUCAUAGAUGGGUACGAGAAGGCAGGGAAGACCACGUGAGCUAACUCCUAAACUUUGUGGAAUUUGUCUUUUUGAAUCUGUACCACUGUUGCUGUCGAUCACUCCUGGUGUUAUCGUGCUGCGGCACCGAAGACUUUCCUAAAUCAGUAUUUUAUACAGGAACUUACUUUUCUAUUUCUAUCGUUAAAAUAAGUGUUAGUUAAGGUGUACUAUAAAUCCAAAGUUAAAGUAAAGUAAAACUAACUAAGUUGCGACGUGAAAUGUUUCAUGUAAGUAUAGUGUUAUAUACUUUCAAAUGUUG